GCUCGUAUUGUCCGGGCAAAGUGGAGACAGUGUGUGGUGAUUGUGUAUGACGAAGAGAACGAGUGGUCGUGACACCUAAACAUGCACACACGCACACACACACAUGAACCACCGUUCUACCACCUCCCCCAUUCACUCCCACUGCCGCCCACUGCUUGUUACACGCUACUCACUAUGCGCACACACCUGGGCACCUACACACCUGCCGGUUCACUACGACACACACUUGCUCUCACACACACACACACACACUCCCCCAUUCACUCCCACUGCCGCCCACUGCUUGUUACACGCUACUCACUAUGCGCACACACCUGGGCACCUACACACCUGCCGGUUCACUACGACACACACUUGCUCUCACACACACACACACACACACACGCAAAUCCGUCACUCUCCCUCACGAUGCUCUUCCUCCCUCUUUUCUUAUAUAACUCCCUCCCUUGACGCCACCUCACUUCUUUCUCCUUCCCUUUCUCUAUCCAACAACAACAAAGAGCUUUUCUCUUCCUUUCGCCGGACGAAUUCAAUUCUCACUGCACGAGCUGGUCUCUUGUGCGCAACACACUCUCUCAAACUUGCCCCAUUGCAAACUUCAAAUAAGCCUUCUCAACCGAUCAAUC